GUUAAAAUUUCCAAAAACAACAAUAAGACAGGAUGGAUGUUUUUCCUUUGUGAUCUGUUGUCUUGAAGAAAUCUUUUCUCCUGAGAUGUUCCUCAUGGAAACUGUUUGGAAAAGAAGAGAGUCAAGAAGAACAACAGGUUCCUAUAUGACCCUGUAAGUUCAUGUAGGAAGUUAUCACUUCCUACAUGAAUCUUCCUCAUGCGAUGUGAGAAAUGGCGCAGAUUCUCACACUUCUUUUUCAUCUGUUUCUAAUCUACACACUUCAAAUUCAAGGUUCCUCUGCAGUGACUGAUGUAUUUGUGAAAACUGGAGAUGAUUUAAUUCUUAAUCUCACAGAAGCUGAAAUUCCACCAAAUUCUCGCAUUUGUUUAUGGCAAUUUAAAGAUGAUAUACUGGUAGAGUUUUCACUUGGUUCCCAACCAAAUAUUGUUAACAAUCGCUUUGGAAAAGUUGAAGUUAUAGAAAAAAGUUACAGUGUGAAAUUAAAGGAUGUACAGAAGUCACACAGUGGUAUUUAUACUGCAAAGGUAGUAUCACCUAAAGAGCAAAUACUGACUCAAUACAACGUUACAGUUCAAGAUCCAGUGUCUCCAGUUGAUCUCACCUUUACCUGCUCAUCCAGCUCCUCCUCCUAUAACCUGACAGCGACCUGCAGGACAGACAACAUCAGCAUCUCUCUGAGAUGUGAUUAUUUAUUCUGCAACAAGGAAGAAGCAGAGAGAAAUUUGGUCACCAAAUCUGGUUCUUCUCUUUAUAUCUACAAGUUGAAAGAGUCGGUUGUCUGUAGCCAUAGCAACCAGGUCAGCAAGGUUGAAUCCAAAGAAAACAUUGAGAAUCGCUGCCCUCCACCUAGAACUAAAAAGAGAAACAUUACAAUUAUUAACAUCACAAGAAUAAUCCUGGCUGCAUUACUGGUUGUAGUUUUCAUCUUAACCGUCGUUAUAAGAAAAUGUAAAAGGAAAACCAAACCAGAGGAAAUGAUGUACGAGUUUCCAGAGUGACACCAGGUGAACCAGACAAGCAGAAUCCUGUAGCAGGUUCUGCAGACGGGUCGUUCUGACUCAUGAAGUUUCUAACAUCGGAGGGACUGGAAACACCUCCGAACAAACGGAGGAAACCUGUUCACCGUCUCAUAAAUAUAAAUAUGAUGCUUUUGUAAAACUGUAAAUAUGCUUUGUGACAAAGAGGAUCCAUGAUGUCCAAGUUAAAAUAUCUAACAAGUUUGAGCAUCAUGAAUGUUAAACAUGGAUUCCCAGUGACAUCUGCUGGAUGAGUAGAGAAAUUACUGAGGAAAUAAAGUGACCCACAUUUUAAAAAGUACAAGAUUAUUAUUAAUACCCAAUAAAAUAUUUGAUUUGUUUUCAUGUCUUUUAAUGUUUUCUAUUCCUAUCUAUCCUUUGUGUUGUUGAUAAGGUGAUUUUCAUGUUUCUCCAUGCAGCAAAUAAAAUAUAAUU